UGGAUGGCGAGACACACUACUUUCUGACGGUGGAACAUGUGGGAGCAAGGAUCAGUGGUAUGCCUACUCCGGUCUCUGUUCAUGCGGACACUACUCUUGGAUAGAGAUACUGCGUACGAUGUCUAUCCAAGAUCCUAGAAAAUGCUAUAUAUUCAGUCCUGCCCCUGACACAUACGUUGUGCUGUUUACUCCUCAUCAACAGCUACGCAAGCAAGCCGGUGAAAAAUGGCCACGACUUACUUGAUCACAGGCGCAAGCAGAGGUCUGGGAAGAGGUCUUGUCGAAACAUAUCUCAGCCGUCCCAGCAACACCGUCGUAGCUGCCGUGCGAGACCCUUCCAGUCAUACAAGCCAAACCCUCUACGACCUUCCACGGGGCCCUUCAAGCUCACUCAUCGUCGUCAAGAUUGAUAGUCACUCUGAGGCCGAUGCCGAAGCAGCUGUGGAGGAGCUUCAUUCCCUCCACAAAAUUACGGCACUCGAUGUCGUUGUUGCCAAUGCUGGGAUCGCGGAGGUCUUCCCACGUGUCGAGGACGCUCUGGUUGCGGACCUCCUUGAAGAUUACCAAGUCAACGUCAUUGCUGUAAUUGUCUUGUUUCGGGCCGUUCUCCCACUGCUCAAGAGCUCCGCGAAGACGGCAAAAUUCGUCACCAUCGGGUCCUCAGCGGGCACGAUUGGAGAUAUGGACAAAAUUCCUGUCCCUAAUGCUGUGUAUGGCACAUCCAAGGCUGCUUUGAACUAUGUGACCAAGAAGAUUCAUCUGGAGAAUGAGGAUAUUGUUGCAUUUCCAGUACAUCCUGGGUGGGCUCAGACGGACAAUGGCAACCACGCAGCCAGAUUGUGGGGCCUGGAGAAGGCCGCGAUUACUGUCGAAGAGAGCGUGGCAGGUCUGGUCAAUAUUAUCGACGGGUCGACCAGGGGAGCAACGUCGGGAAAGUUCAUGCAAUAUGAUGGGACGACCAUGGCGUGGUGAUUUUGGCGCUCCUGUCU